AUGUGGAUGGAGGACGGCUGGGUCGAGACCCUGGCGCGAAGUGUUACAAGAAGAAUGACCAUUGGAGCUCGUGCAACCAAACUUGCAACCCAUACAGUCUUUGGACGGUGGACGGAUGGGUCACGACGAAUGAGACAGUUUGGGAUUGUGAGGAGAUUCGGCUUCCGUGCACGCACAACGGGGCGUCUUGCGCACUGUCCCAGUGCUGCUCUGAGCCAGGGGCGAAGUGCUACAAGAAGAACGACUAUUGGAGCUCGUGCAACCAAACUUGCAACCCCAACUACAUGUGGAUGGAGGACGGCUGGGUCGAGACGCUCGUGCAACCAAACUUGCAACCCCAACUACAUGUGGAUGGAGGACGGCUGGGUCGAGACGAAUGAGACAGUUUGGGAUUGCGAGGACCUCACCGUGAACCCUGUCGAAUCAGCGGAUCCCGUCGCUGAUGCAGAAGCCGAGGACGAGAAAGGCACGUGCUCUCAGAAUGGGGCGUCGUGCGCACUUUCCCAGUGCUGCUCGGAGCCAGGCUCGACGUGCUACAAGAAGAACGACUAUUGGAGCUCGUGCAACCAAACUUGCAACCCAUACAGUCUGUGGACGGUGGACGGAUGGGUCACGACGAACGAGACAGUCUGGGACUGCACGGAGAUUCGGCCGCCGUGCUCGCAACCCGGGGCGUCUUGCGCACUUUCCCAGUGUUGUUCUGAGCCAGGCGCGAGUUGCUACAAGAAGAAUGACUAUUGGUUCGCGUGCAACCUAACUUGCGACCCCAAUUCCAUGUGGAUGGAGGACCGCUGGGUCAAGACGAACGAGACAGUUUGGGAUUGCGAAGUCAUCAGCAUAGACAGCACCGCUAAUUCCACUGAUGCCGCUGACAUUGAUGCUUCGUCAGACUCCGCGAGUAGCUCCGGCGCUGCGACAGCCUCCGCAUGCUCGCCGAACGGGGAGUCUUGCGCACUUACCAUGUGCUGCUCUGAGCCUGGCGCGAAGUGUUACAAGAAGAAUGACCAUUGGAGCUCGUGCAACCAAACUUGCAACCCAUACAGUCUUUGGACGGUGGACGGAUGGGUCACGACGAAUGAGACAGUUUGGGAUUGUGAGGAGAUUCGGCUUCCGUGCACGCACAACGGGGCGUCUUGCGCACUGUCCCAGUGCUGCUCUGACUCGUGCAACCAAACUUGCAACCCCAACUACAUGUGGAUGGAGGACGGCUGGGUCGAGACGGACGAGACAGUCUGGGAUUGCGAGGACCUCACCGUGAACCCUGUCGAAUCAGCGGAUCCCAUUUCUGUGGACGGUGGACGGAUGGGUCACGACGAACGAGACAGUCUGGGACUGCACGGAGAUUCGGCCGCCGUGCUCGCAGCCCGGGGAGUCUUGCGCAGUUACUCAGUGCUGCUCUGA